AUGCCCUCAAGUAGUGAAGGUUUAAUACAGAAGGAACAGGGUGACACCAUCGCUGCGAUAGCGCAACUAGAAGCGAAUAGUGAGUUGAUGACUCUUUUCUUUCGUCAUAUUGCGGUGUGUCCACCGCAUGGACCAUUUAAGUACUACAGUGCUCUCACUUUUGCCGAGCGUGUGCGUGCGUGGCUUGCUGUCCAUGCUUCUGAUGUAGAUCCACCAAUUAUGGAAGAUCUAACGCCUACAGCAGUUCUGCAUCUCAUGGAGAAGUACUAUAAUACCCAGCAUCUGCGAAGUUGGCCAUUACUUUACGUUCCAGCAGAAAUUCGUUUAAAGGAUGUGGAUGCUCUUAUCAAUGGUCGAAAAUAA